UCUUAUAAGUAAAUCUCUAGGAACAGAAAGGUGUAUUCAGUUUCAAUAGAAUUUCUAAUCACUUGAUACCAACGAAUCAUAAUGAAUGUUGUACAGAUAAUUAUUGACACGUAUCUCUGUACUAUAAUAUAUACGUAUAUUUGCUGUGUGUAGAUACGUGAAGUAUGUGUUUCAACAACUUUGCGUAACACGAUGUAUCGUCCUAUAUACAGAUCUCAAAAGGAUGCCAAUGAAAUAAAAAUAUCAUACAUGGAGCUAUUUCUUGCCUUAUAAAAUCAUUGAUUUUGGGCACAAAUUUCCAUAAAUGGUAUGCACUGUGUGCAUAAUUACUGUUACCAAAUUAACUGAAAGAAAUAUAAACUAUAAGUUACCCGGAAUAUAUCUGUAUAUAUAGAUCAACAUAUAAGUAUCAAAUGUAUAAAAUAUUAUUUGCACUUGUUAUUGAAUUGUUAUAAAGAAACAAAAGGAAAAUUAUGCCAAAUACUUUAAGAUGUAAGCGAAAAGUGAUAUUGACAUAGAUAAUAUUUCUAUUAACUGUGUGUAUAUUCUACAUACUUAUUGUUAAUGAAGAAUUAUAGUGAGUGUGUGUGGGAGAGAGAGAGAGAGAGAGAGAGAGAGAGAGAGAGAGAGAGAGAGAGAGAGAGAGAGAGAUAUGUAUAGGUGUAUAGAUAUAAUUCAUUUUUCAACAUAUAUAUUAAUUGUAGAUUCGUAUAACAAUGAAGUAUUACUAUUAUUACUUUUGCACAAAGCAUGCCUUGCGAUAUCAGGGAUCUUUGUAUUAACGUUGUAUUAUUACUGUUAAUACAGAUACAUAAUAAUAUAAAUUGCAUAAUUAAUUCUCCUUCAACUUUUCCCUAUUAUUUUUAUUGAACAUUUAAAUAUCAAGAGAGAGAGAGAGAGAGAGAGAGUUAUUUUUAUCAUACGUGCCGAGUGGGCAGAUAUCGUAAGAAUGGAAUCGAAGUCCAUCGAGAUGAAUUAUUCAAUCUCCAUUUCGAACCAGUAGCGAAAAUAUGUGCUACGUAUAUUAUGAAUACGCACGUAAUUCUUUCUUUUUCCUCGCAUUGUAAUUUUGCAAUUCGUGUUAAAACUCUGGUUUUAAUAAAAUGUUUAUAGCCAUGCAGCUGUAAAUGCUUUACAUUGAUUCGGAUUAACGUAGGUAAUCUCUCUUCGCUCGCGCUUCUUCACCGGAUAAGAAUUAAAAGAAAAAGAGUCUUGAGAGAGAGAAUCCAACUAAAAUUGAAUGAAAGAGUAAAUUUCCAUUUUCUUAAUCUACUAUCGUCGUCUCGUUUUAUUACGUCUUUCGAGAUUGAAAAAUCUUCUAACGCCGUAUUAUUACAUUAAAAAUAAAUUUUGAAAAUUUCCUACGAUAUUCGUAAACAAAUGUAAAUGUACUAUGUCUCGAUCUUUACAUAUGACAUAAUACCGGCAUAAUCGUGCAAACGUUUAUCAUAAAUAUAUCUCUUCGAGAUAUUUUAUUACAGUACAUUGUCUCUUACAUCACCGAUCUAUCUCUCGCAUAUCUAUCCAAUGGCAACCAACUUUCUUUCGGAGUAACGAUUUAAAACGAUAUAUAAUGUUGUUAUGUCUAUACUUCUUUCGAACCGAUCCUACUAUCCUUUGAUUCAAAUGUUUCAAAAGAUGUUGACAUUUUUCAUUCUAGUAGAAAAAAAUCUCAGCAACUAAAAAAUUCUUUCUUCGAGACGAAUAAAAAUGUUUAAAAGAUGAGCUCAAAGAAUAUGUGUAUUUAGGUAUAAGGUAGAUUGACCUGAGAUAGUUUGGCAGGUGCUUCCUAGCGAAUCGAGCAUGAGUAUUCGUGCUUGUGUGUGAUAGGAAGAGGGUGGAAAGAGAUAGCGUCGCUCUGGUCUGAAACAUGUCGAGGAUCCUAGCGGGGGAUGGAUGUAGAUGGACAGGUGGAAGGUUGGAAGGUUGGAAGGUUACGAGAGCGCAGACGCCGUAGGAAAGCAUCGAAGACAGCACCCGGCAGCGGCGGUACGGUACCGAAGUACCGGACAGAGCUAGCUCGACCGCAUUGCCGUGUUCGUUCCACUGAGUUUGUUCGCCGAGUGAGGAACGUGCAAGGAGAUUCGCGACGUGAAUAACGAGCGAUAUCUUCGAGAUACAAAUAUCUUAUAAUAACCAGUUUCUUUCGACAUCUUUCAAAUUUUUAACAUUGAAAACAUUGAUUAGCUUUUUCUCACGAAUUUGACAAGAAAACGAAAGAGAAACAGACAGACAGACAGAUAGAUAGACAGAGAGAGAGAAAGAAAGAGAGAGAGAGAGAGAGAGAGACAAACAGACAGACAGACAGACAGACAGAUAGACAGAGGGAAAGAAAAUAAGAGAGAAAGAAACCGGUAUACCACGUCACGAAAACUGUCAAGUAUACUAUCUUGACGCUUCCCGCGCUUUGGCCGAAUCUCAGUUUACACCUGUUAACCAGGAACCGCUGCCGGUCCUUGACCAUCUAGAGGAAAUUUUCGGCACAAAUGAUGAAGGGUCGUCAUCAUUUUCGACGUCGAUUCAGUCUACAGCCAUCAUCGUUGAAGGAAGGACAGGAAGAUGGAACGACGAAGAACAUUAGAAGUGAAAGACUAUCGGAAUCGGACAGCGGCGGUGGUGGUGAUGGAGGUAAAUCGGUCGAAAGUUCUGUAAGACACAAAAUCGUUGUGAUGGGUGCUGCAAAGGUCGGGAAAUCGGCAAUAAUCAAUCAAUUCCUUUAUGGUACCUUCACACCAAAAUACAAGCGCACGGUUGAGGAAAUGCAUCACGGGGACUUUAACGUUUCCGGUAUUCACCUCACUCUUGACAUCUUGGACACGUCUGGGUCUUACGAAUUUCCAGCAAUGAGAGAUCUUUCCAUCAAAUCUGCCGACGCGUUCGUCUUAGUCUACGAUGUAAAUGAUGUCAAUACUUUUCACGAAGUGAAAACUUUGAGGGCAUUGAUAUUGAAUACGAAAGGAGUUGUACCUAUCGUUGUUGUAGGUAACAAAUUGGAUCUCGUUGAGAAGGAGCAAGAGGUAGAUAGCGAGAGCACCAGAGUAUUAGUCACCGCCAAGUGGGAAAACGGUUUCGUCCAAGUAUCUGCGAAAGAUAAUUUGAAUAUCUCUCAAGUUUUUAAAGAAUUAUUAUUGCAGGCUAAAUUAAAAUACAACCUGAGUCCUGCUUUACGGAGACGACGACGUCAAUCCUUGCCACCGCCUCCGCAUUUGAAUUCUCGUAGUAGCAGCGCGCACGUACCAUCACCGGCGCAGCUGCAACACCUGCAACAAAUACGCGAGCGCGCUGAAUCAAAGAGAAAUUCUUGUAUUUUAUCGUAAGAGUUCCUGAUGUUCCUUCGAUACAUACGAUUCUACAAUGAUCUUUCUUUUUGAAUCUUUCAAUCACAUAGAUACACACAAGUUCGUCUUUCGCCAACAUAAUCGAUCGUAGGAUUAAGCUUUUAAACGGCGGGAUCUAUAUCGGGAAAGGAUUUUUAAAGGAUCGCGAAAGGAUCUGCGUAAGGUAUAUAACUGAUUUGUGCAGAAAUUGCUACUCCUUCUGGCAAAAUCGUACGAUAUAUUAUUUCAAGACAUAAUCCUAUCUCGAUAACUGUCAUCUUUUCUAACUCCUCGACAAAAAUUGAUCUAUAUCGAUCGCUUUAAAAGUCCUUUUUUAUUUCCUUAUUUUAUAGAGGAAUCAUUGAUCGAUCCAGUAUCGUUUAAUCAAAUUAUAAACUUUCACAUAUUUAAUAUAAUUUAUUUAUCGAUAAUGAAACUUAUUGACCAACUUACACGAUAGGAUAUAUAAAUAAAUAUAUAUAUAUAUAUAUAUAUAUAUAUAUAUAUAUAUAUAUAUCUACCACGUAUGCAGGAUGAACCGUAUAACGUAGCACCUUUCGAUCUAUACAUAGUAUAUAUAUAGUAUAUAUAUUAACAGAUGGUGUAAAUAUAAAAUACAUUUAUCUAUAUCUGUAACAAAUCCGAAAUAGAUACGAAAUAAUUACAUUUAAAGCUACUCGUUGCGGGAAAUAGUAUACGUUGUUUCGCAUGGUCGCCUUAAAAAUAAAGAUCGUGAAUAUAUUCAUUUUCAUGUCAAUAUUUUCUAAACGAAUUCUCUUAGAGACGAUAUAGAGACGAAAUAUUAAUCCAUGUAUAUGAAGCUUAAAUAAAUAGAAAAAUUAUGAAUUACGUGAUUAUAGUCUCGUAUGCCUCUGAAUGUAUCUUACUACCAAUUUCAGGGUGACUUCACACUGCCCAGUAUUUUUUUCUUCACCAAUUGUUUUCAUACUUGCUUAUACGUAUGUAGGUAAAAUGUGUGCAAACAUUUAACGUAUGUAUGUUCGACAAAAAUUAAACUUACAAUUAAAUUUAAACCUUUGUGUGACAUUCCUAUUAAAUUGUACAUAAGCAGUAAUCUUAUUGAAUGAGAAUAGUAUCUACUAGCGAUUAUGCGUUAAUACUGAGAGAGAGAGAGAGAGAGAGAGUCAUCCGGCGAUGUAAUACGUUUCUAAAAUUUUAAUGCCAAAAUUGUGUAAUAAAAAUAUUCUCUCCUUGUGUAGAGUAAACCCUUUAAUGGAUACGUGUAUAAUAGUCAAUGUAAUAUGUCCAAAUAGUUUCGUUUCAUUUACAAAAAAUAUGAUAGAUUAAAUCUUAUCACAAAUUCUUUCUCUUUCGUUACGUUAAUGAUACAUACUUUUAGAAAGCAUUAACGCUUGAUCUGAGAGUUAUAUCAAAUUUGAAAUGUAGAAAACAU